UUUUUCUGAUUCCGUCUGCAGUCGGAGAGCAGCCGCCCAUACUCUGCUGUAAACCUUAGCCUGUAGGUUUUCAAGCGGAUUUCAGAAAAUUAUGGCUACUGGUGGUCUGUUGUUUGUUGAAUUCCCGAGAGUUUUUACGUCGCAGACGCUUUUUGAGGAUAAUGUUAAUUCGUAAAAAGAAGUGAGCAUUAUUGUCUGAUGCUCAGGACUACGUCGGUCUAGAUCCUGGAGCGUUACUCUGACCGCCAAACCAAGAACUGAUGGUUUUCAGGGCAGCCCCUUUAAUUUGUCCACCGAAUGUUGGGGGUUUUCAAUCAAGCUAGGGAUCUGUGCGAUCCACUGUAGAGUAGAAUGAUUGUCAUAGUAGCGUACAGACGCUGUGACUUAAAUUGACUUUUGCUAUUGCCCUUUGUGGGUGUUUGAGGUGUGUACAAUGUCUCGGCACUACUCACACAAGGGCUUUGGCCGCAAAGUGGGCAAUGUUUGCACCACAAGUAUACAGUUUGACAAGCUCUUCAAAGAGAAUAGCAAUCGCCCGUCAGCAGCGAAGUCUGCUGGAACUGUUGGUAAAUGGGGCAUCACAUCCUUCACAUCUAUUCGAAGCUCCAAUGCAAUUGGCUCUAGUACCACAAGUGGUAAGCGGGAAACUGUUGUAGGAAUCAAAAGAGGGAGAACAGACUCUCAAAACAGCAAAUCAAAUGACUCAUUUUCAUUUGACAAUGACUCUGAUUCGGGUGCACCCCCAGUCAUCAAACCUAAAAAGUUUUUCAAGAGUCGGAAUGCUGACCCAGCCCCUGUUGCAGCAGAAACUAAGGCAUCUAGUGUGGCGUCUUUUGGGAGCAAUGUUCCUGAUGACACUGAACAUCCUAUCCGACCAAUGCGCACAGCUGCUAGCAGGAAAAUGAUGGCGCGCACUCCAAGCCCUCCAGGAACUCAACCUUCUAGCAGCACAAUCACAGAUGCUGAAAAAGACACUAAUAAACCGCCAAUAGUUUUAAGAAUAUUCAAAGGCACUUCUCAACUUGUUAGUACAACAACAACUCCUACAAGUCCGGGCAAUGAAUUUGAAGUUCAGUUGGUUGAAGAGCAUGAUUUGGUGAAAAAUACAUCCCGAAGUAAGCAGAGCAGUAUUCCUCGUAAUAAAAAAGGCAGUAAAAAAGAACGCUCAACGGAGGAGGAAGACGAUGAGACAGUGCUCCCUGUAAACACUGCCACAUCUCGUGCUCAGCGAUACUCCAGACGACAAGCUGCUGCAAUGGAGACUUCAGAAACUGAUUCUGACCCUAUUCCAUUCAUACCCACUCCAAAGAAAGCAGCCCGCUAUGGUUAUGGACGCGCUGCUGACAAAACAGCAAACCAAUCUAGUGCUGUUGACACCUCUUCUAGCUACAAUUUGUACGCGUCACCUGAGGCGUCUGCAACCUCAGAUAAUCCUUAUAGUCCACAAACCAGAUCUGUACCUGAAGAACCAGUGAACACUGAGGAGGCAUCAUCAACCAGCACCCCACCUGCAGUUGGCAGUUCAGUGCCCGAUGAGUCGUCCAUUUAUGCAGCUGGAAGCAGCUUCAAUGAGACUGAGCUCUCCCUCCUUCACCAGGCCUCUUCUCGUCCCCUAUGGAGUAUUCCUUACAGGAGUGACCUGUUCCCUGUCUACUAUCACCCCUACCCAAUUCAGGUACCUCCAUCUGUACUCCCUGCUGCAAUAUUUGAGGGUGAGAACUCACAGCCAGAAGUAUCAGACUCUGCAACUGUGAGCCAUGCUCCCGCUUUUGAUCAACAAGCUGGAGAAAUUUCUUCUGCUGGGUACCAGCCGCCACCCUACGAUGGGGCACCUGCGUACCCAUCAGGAUCGGUUUAUCAGCAGUCUUCAGGAGCGUAUCAGUUACCACCAGCAUAUGAACAAGUGCCCACUUACGAGCAAGGGGAGCCACCCUUCCAGCCAGCCCAGGCCUAUGAAGCACCGUCAUCAUCCUCGUCCUCGUCAUAUCAAUCGACAGCUCCCUCAGAGGCCACAGAACCCUUAGAGCACAUGACAGCGCGUGAACGCUUUGCUCGCCGUAACAGACAAGCAAUGGAAUCAUCGAUUUCAGCGAGCUCUACUGAUAACCCAACCAUGAGUUCUAAAACCUACCAAACCUCAGAUGAGAGAACCCCCACUCCCAGUGAUGCACGAUCCUUGAUGGAUGCCACGAGUUCUAUGCACUGUGAUUCUAUGGAAGCCACUAGCUCCUCAACAUUACUUUCAAAAAUCUCUUAUACAAACGAUGAGGGAAAUGGGGACGCAAUGGAUGUUUAUUCCAGUUUAGAACAUGGUGGCGGCAACACUGAGACCGAUACCUCUGAAAGAUAUUCAUCUGCUGUUGUUCCUCCACGGAAGAAAGGCAGUAUUUUCAAGAGUCGCGCUCAUGGGACUGAUGAAAACAAAAAGAGAGCUCUUUACAAGCACAAAUGGUGUGACAACCAAGCUUCUCAACAAGGCUCCAACACAGCAGAAGCUGAGAACACUGCAUCUACCUCUUUAGCAAAACCCUCUACCAGUGCUUAUAAUGUCGAUGAUGAGUUCGGCCCAGAACAGUUAACUAAAGUAGUGACAGAAAAGAAGGAGGAUGAAAAUACUGAAACUGUAACCAGUGUCAAAUGUGCCAAAAAUUCCAAAGGAUUCUAUACUGUGGUUCGCAAUGUCAAGCAAGCUCACCAAAUUCAGGAAUCAGGAGAAUUCCAAGAAUUAAAUGACGAUGUUGAUUAUAUCCUAGAUGCGCUUCAGGAACAGAACCCUAUUGGAACAAGGUGCUUAUCUGCAAUCACUUUGGCAUCGAAGUGCAUGGUUCCAGCCUUUAGAAUGCAUGUCCGUGCUCAUGGGACUGUUGCCAAAUUCUUUAAAUCCCUUCAUGAUGCUGCAAGGGACCAGAGUUUGGGUCUUUGCACUGCAACAGUUAUGUUUGCUCUUAGUCAAGAUCGACUGAACAUGGACCUUGAUAGAGACAGUUUGGAAUUGAUGUUGAAUCUUUUGGAAUCGGAUGCAAGUCAUCUCAACGCACUUGAAGAUUGUGGGCUAUCCAGCUCACAGCUUUUGAAAAACAAACAAAAAGUUCGUGAACUUUGCGCUGAAAUUCAAAGCCAAGGCCAUGCAAAGCAUCUAAAUCUUGAUAAUAUCACUGUUGGACAGUUGGCUAUGGAAACACUCCUAUCGUUAACUUCCCGUCGUGCUGGAGAGUGGUUUAAAGAAGAACUACGUGAACUGGGAGGUUUAGAACACAUUGUUCGAACUAUAUGCCAAUGCUGUAGUCAAAUUGAUGACUAUGUUGUAAAAUGGACAGAUCCUUUAUUAGACCGUAUGCGGAAGGUUGACCGAUGUCUCAGGGUUUUAGAAAAUGUUACACAAGAAAAUGAAGAAAAUCAAGUUUACCUUCUGAAAUACGAAAAUGCCUCAUUGGUUGAUGUUCUUGUUAGAUUACUCCGACUUUGUGGAAAUGAAGUGCCUUUAUAUCCUGUCUAUGAUGUCACUGAUAAAGAUUCCACUGGUGUAGUUCUGCGAGAAGCCCUUCUUGCCGUUCUUAAGGUUUUAAUAAAUUUAUCACAUGAUUUCAAGGCGCAGAUUUAUGGUAGUACAAUAGUUGGUACGAAGGAAGGGUUGUUGGAAUCAUCAUUACAAAUGCUUCUUCAUAUUCCCAAUUAUGUAGUUGAAGAUUCCAAGUUUGAUCUCAUUGUAUUGGCUUUAACACUUCUAAUAAAUCUGAUUGAACACAACAUUGGCAAUAGGUCCAGACUUGUAAAUACUAAGGCUCCUGCAGAAGUAGGAAGUAUCUUUGCCUGUGACCAAAAGGGAGCUAUCGAAGCUCUUAUCGCAAUGUUCUAUCAGCAAGAGGAAUGUGCCCGUAAUGAAGAGGCAAAGACUGAUGCAAUUCUUGAUGGGAAGGAUACAACGGAGGAGAGUGAGAGGGAAAAGCAAGAAAAAGAUAAAGCUGCAAAGCAACAAGCAAGUAAAACUCAAGACGAACAAAUUGAAGAGACAGUAGCUAAAUUGCUUGCCAAAGCUGGACGACAUAUGGAACAUACCUUUGUUGCUGCUUACAUUGGUUUACUUAUUGGUUAUGUUAUAAUGAAUAAUCAGGAACAUGAAGAGAUGGUCCGUAGACUUCUACCAGAAGGGAACUAUAAAGUAAUAGUUGCUGUGUUGAAAAAGUUCUUCAACUUCAUGAGCCUUACUGUCACAGCUACUGGUAGCAGCCGUGGUUUGGCAGCAACAGAGACUGUGCUCAAGUACAUGGAGAAACUAGACGAGCCCCCUAGGGCUCAAGAAGAGGAACCAAGAUCUGAAGGUGAUUUGCCAUCAGAUGAUCUUGAUGGAUCUGUUGAGUCAUAAAUUUAGCAUCUGUUUUCAAAUUUUGUGUUCUAUUACUUUUCUAGUAAUAUCAAUCAAGUUUGAAAGGUAGCUUUAUAGUGUUUACUGUCCCUAUGAGUAUUUUAUUAACUUCAUGUGGUGAAUGAAUAUUAAAUUAUGUCUUGUGUCAUCUGCAUGGUUCCAUGGAUGACACAUUUGUUUGAUUGUGAUGUAACAUAGGUUAUUUCCCCACUCUUUUCUUAAGACUGGUACCGAGCAAAACUUAAGUCCAAUUGUAUUACAACAUGUCAGCUGCUUUUAUAUUUUAUCAUCAGCAAUUGAAUACUUCAACUUUAACUUAACAAAUUACAUCUAAUGCUCGUGAUUAUGUCAUAUCUAUUGUUGAUUAGGAACUCUUCUUCAGCUCCUUCAAAAUGUUGAAAUCUUCAGCAAUCUUGUUUACUUUUAAUCUUCACUUCUUGGUUGAUGUUCUGUUUGAAAGUUACUUUCUGAAUAUGUAUGUGUUAAGUAAAUAGGUUUAGAAAGUUAAAUUAGCUUGAGUAAGGUAUGUAUUAACAAAUCAAGAUUUUAAAAUUGUAACAUGACACACUUGGUAUGUUUCAUAGUAUUUAUGUGAAGGUUUGUACAUAAUUUGUUUUAAACAAGGAGUUUAUGUGUUUUCUUGUAUAUUUUCUCUGUACAUAAACAUAUAAAUAUAUCCCUGUAUAGUGUAUGAACAAAGUUUAGGUAACCUCUAAAUUAUUUUAUCUUUCUCUUUUGCCUAUUUAUGGAUCCAGAAGCAAGUUUAGAUAGAUGUUUUCUCUGUUCACUGUGUUAUAUUGUUCUCUUCUGAGUGUUAACUGACAAAUUCUGUCUCCGUCAAAAAAGCAAUUUCAACCUUUUUUGCGAGAAAUCCUGACAGACUGGAUUUAAUUUAUAAAAGCAGUUUUUUGCAAUUCUAUUGACGUCAAGACUGAAGCUGUGAGUAAAGUGAGUAGUUUGGUAGAUACACAACAGGUGUCAUUACAAUUGAAUUAUAUCUGCUUUAUCACUCAUAUAUACAAUUUUUAAGUUCUAAAUCAUGCCUGAGAAUGCCAAUAUUUUAUUUUUAUUUUACUAUUUUAAUUGGUGCCACUUUGUAUUCUGGAACACAUAAUUUGGCUGCAUUGUGUAACAUUGUUGGUUUCUCUGUACUUUCAGUUAACCAUUAUUCCCCAAUUUCGAUUUGUACAUAUUUAAACUUGUAUACCAGUGAUAGGGUCUUGUGGCCUGCUCUCUUAGCCUAUAUUGCUGUAUAUAUAUUACUUGUUGGUUAAAAUUUUACGUUACCAUCUAAGCUAAGAGCCAAACUGGAAAAAAACAAAUGCCUAGCUGUAUCUCAGCAAUGUCCUCUUCUUUGUAUUGUUUUGGCCUACUAACACUUGCACCAAGUUUCUUUCCUGUACUAUUUUGUUACUUCCGUUUUAAAUUUUGCAGUAUGCUGAGACUCCUUUACAGAAGUGAGCUGGAAAUGUGUUAUUUUUUGGGGGUAGACUUUAGUAUCAUUGUGAAUGAGGUCAAAUACCCAUGUUCAGGUUUUAUACUUAUUUUAUUCCAUCAUACGUGACAUGUCAUUACAAACUUUUACUUUUUGACUCAAUCAAACCACUAAGUUUUGGCUGUAAAUAGAGCUGGUUGGAUGAUCUUGUCCACUUCAACUUCUUCGUUUAAAUUCUGAAGGAUUUCAUAUCAUUUAUGAAUUCAUCGUGUUGCGCAUGUGGUUUUCCUUAUGGGUUUCCUUUUUGAGUUGUGCCUUCAGCAGUCAGUAAGCACCACAAUCACAUCAGCACUAACCACGUGAAAUACAACAAUUAAGCAGUCCUGUGAAAAUACUGUCCCCCUCUUUUGUACAUAAGUUAUUUAUAAUAAAUUAUACAUGCAUGCAUUUAAGUACAAAUACUCUAUUAUGUAUGUUGUCUUAUAUGUGUUACAUUGAUCACAUCACAAUUAUAGUUUGUCAUUAAGAAUGCCCUUAUAUCCUAGGUCUUUUUCAUCACCUGGAUGUCUCAAUUACUUUUCCCUGUGAAACUGUUCAUCCUGAACCAGAUGUGUGACUGAAUCUUGAUGUUUCUGUACGCGUCAAGUAUCUAAUCAUUCUUGCAGUACUUGAAAUAAAAAUAAACAUGAGAAUGAA